AUCUCCCGGCGCCCCGAGAAGGGGAGGAGGCGCUGGGUGUGGGGCGGCUCCGGGGCCGGGGAUGGCGGCGGCCGCGCCUGCGGCGGCUCCGGGACGUAGAGGAGGAGCCCGCGGAGCGCCGUGAGAUGGGCCGGCUCCCUGGCCAGCCGGGAGGAGACUGCUUCUUACUACAGCUGCUCAGAAGCACCACUGGAAGCUCAGAUGUGGGCACCCCAGCCAGCAGCAGAAAGGGUUGCAGGGAAGCCACAGAGAAGCCCCUUCUGAUGCCUCAAGGAGCAAGCCGACCCCUUCCAGGCUCUAGGAACACCACAAAGCAAUAUGAAACCUGUUCAUGAGAGGAGUCAGGAAUGCCUUCCACCAAAGAAACGAGACCUCCCCGUGACCAGCGAGGAUAUGGGGAGAGCUACCAGCUGCUCAACGAACCACACGACCUCCAGCGAUGCCUCUGAAUGGUCGCGAGGGGUUGUGGUGGCCGGGCAGAGCCAGGCAGGAGCCAGAGUCGGCCUGGGGGGUGAUGGAACUGAGGCCAUCACUGGUCUGACAGUGGACCAGUAUGGCAUGCUGUAUAAGGUGGCUGUGCCACCUGCUACCUUCUCACCGACUGGCCUCCCAUCUGUGGUGAACAUGAGCCCCUUGCCCCCCACGUUUAAUGUAGCAUCUUCACUGAUUCAACAUCCAGGAAUCCACUAUCCCCCAAUCCACUAUGCUCAGCUCCCAUCCACCUCUUUGCAGUUUAUCGGGUCUCCUUACAGCCUUCCCUAUGCUGUGCCACCUAAUUUCUUACCGAGUCCCCUCCUUUCUCCUCCUGCCAACCUUGCCACCUCUCACCUUCCUCACUUUGUGCCAUAUGCCUCACUCCUGGCAGAAGGAGCCACUCCUCCCCCCCAGGCUUCCUCCCCAGCCCACUCGUUCAACAAAGCCCCUUCUGCUGCCUCCCCACCUGGGCAGUUGUCACAUCACUCAAGUACUCAGCCACUGGACCUCGCUGCAGGCCGGAUGCCCAUUUAUUAUCAGAUGUCCAGGCUGCCUGCUGGGUAUACCUUGCAUGAAGCCCCUCCAGCAGGUGCCAGCCCAGUUCUUACCCCUCAGGAGGGCCAGUCUGCCCUGGAAGCGGUCGCUGCCAAUGGAGGACAGAGACAGCGAGAGAGAAAUUUAGCAAGACGGGAGAGCGAAGCCCUCGAUUCCCCCAACAGCAAGAGUGAAGGCCAGGGACUGGUGCCAGUGGUGGAGUGUGUACUGGAUGGACAGUUGUUUUCAGGUUCUCAGACUCCACGAGUGGAGGUGAUGGUGCCGGCACACCGGGGGACUCCAGAUACAGACCUCGAGGUCCAGCGGGUGGUUGGCGCUUUAGCUUCUCAGGACUAUCGUGUGGUGGCAGCUCAGAGGAAGGAUGAACCCAGCCCCCUCAACCUGUCCCAUCAUACCCCUGACCAUCAGGGUGAGGGGCGAGGGCCAACCAAGAACCCAGCAGAGAUGGCAGAGAAAAAUCAGGCUCGAGGCUUCUACUCUCAGUCCCAUCAGGAACUGGUGAAACAUAGACCUUUACCCAAAGCAAUGGUUGUAGCCAAUGGCAACCUGGUGCCCACUGGAACUGACCCAGGCCUGCUGCCCAUGGGCUCAGAGAUCCUGGUGGCAUCAAGUCUGGACAUGCAGGCCAGAGCCACCUUCCCAGACAAGGAGCCAACGCCACCCCCCGUUUCCUCCUCCCAUUUGCCCUCUCAUUUCAUGAAAGGCGCCAUCAUCCAGCUGGCCACGGGGGAGCUGAAGCGGGUAGAGGACCUCCAGACCCAGGAUUUUGUGCGCAGUGCCGAAGUGAGCGGGGGGCUGAAGAUUGACUCCAGCACGGUCGUGGACAUUCAGGAGAGCCAGUGGCCUGGAUUUGUCAUGCUGCAUUUUGUGGUUGGGGAGCAGCAGAGCAAAGUGAGCAUUGAGGUGCCCCCCGAACACCCCUUCUUUGUAUAUGGCCAGGGUUGGUCCUCCUGCAGCCCUGGGCGGACUGCACAGCUCUUCUCUCUGCCCUGCCAUCGGCUACAGGUGGGAGAUGUCUGCAUCUCUAUCAGUUUACAGAGCUUGAACAGUAACUCGGUUUCUCAGGCCAGCUGUGCUCCCCCAGGCCAGCUGGGGCCCCCCCGAGAAAGGCCUGAGAGGACAGUGGUGGGACCCAGAGAGCUAUGUGACAGUGAGGGGAAGAGCCAGUCAUCAGGAGAGGGUUCCCGUAUGGUAGAGCCCACCCAGCCCGAGUCUAGUGCUCAGGCCUGCUGGCCAGCCCCGAGCUUCCAAAGAUACAGCAUGCAAGGGGAGGAGGCACGGGCCACCCUGCUCCGUCCGUCAUUCAUUCCACAGGAGGUGAAGCUGUCCAUCGAAGGGCGUUCCAAUGCAGGAAAGUGA